GCGGUGGUGUUCGUGUUUAGCCUGGAGGAUGAGAUCAGCUUCCAGACGGUGUACAACUACUUCCUGCGCCUGUGCAGCUACCGCAGCGCCAGCGAGGUGCCCAUGGUGCUGGUGGGCACUCAGGACGCCAUCAGCGCCGCGAACCCGCGGGUGAUCGACGACAGCCGGGCCCGCAAGCUCUCCACGGACCUGAAGCGCUGCACCUACUACGAGACGUGUGCCACCUACGGGCUCAACGUGGAGCGGGUCUUCCAGGAUGUGGCGCAGAAGGUGGUGGCCCUGAGGAAGAAGCAGCAGCUCGCCAUCGGGCCGUGCAAGUCGCUGCCCAACUCGCCCAGCCACUCGGCCGUGUCUGCCGCCUCCAUCCCUGCCGUGCACAUCAACCAGUCUCGGAAGGGUGCGGACCCGGAGCGGGACAAGAAGGCCCCGGAGUGUAAGGUGGACAGCAUCGGCAGCGGACGGGCCAUCCCCAUCAAGCAGGGGAUUCUGCUGAAGCGGAGCGGCAAGUCCCUGAACAAGGAAUGGAAGAAGAAGUACGUGACGCUGUGUGACAACGGGCUCCUCACCUACCACCCCAGUUUGCAUGACUACAUGCAGGACGUGCACGGGAAGGAGAUCGACCUCCUGAGGACCACCGUGAAAGUGCCGGGGAAGCGGCUCCCGCGGGCCACGCCGGCCACCGCCCCCGGGGCCAGCCCCCGCGCCAAUGGGCUCAUCCUGGAGCGGAGCAACACGCAGCUGGGGGCGGGCACAGGCGCCCCACACUCGGCCAGCAGCACGUCUCUGCACUCGGACCGUUCGCUCGGCGGGUCGGCCCUGGCCGGCCCCGGCGCCCGCGCCGACGGGCUGCACCAGCGCUCCUGCUCCGUGUCCAGUGCCGACCAGUGGAGCGACGCCACCGCCCUGGGCCCCGCCGCCACCCAGCAGUCCGCCAGCGGCCCAGCCGACACGCUCAGCUCCAGUCCCAAGCUCGAGCCGCCCCCGUCCCCCCACGCCAACCGGAAGAAGCACCGGCGGAAAAAGAGCGCCGGGACUCCCCGGCCGGACGGCCUAGCCGGCUCCGCGGAAGACGCAGAGGAGUCGUUCGAGUUUGUGGUGGUGUCGCUCACGGGGCAGACGUGGCACUUCGAGGCCUCGACGGCCGAGGAGCGGGAGCUGUGGGUGCAGAGCGUGCAGGCCCAGAUCCUGGCCAGCCUGCAGGGCUGCCGCAGCGCCAAGGACAAGACUCGCCCUGGCGGUCAGAGCGCAGCCCUGGCCGUGCAAGCCGUCCGCAACGCGCGCGGCAACAGCUUCUGCGUCGACUGCGACGCGCCCAACCCCGACUGGGCCAGCCUGAACCUGGGGGCUCUGAUGUGCAUCGAGUGCUCGGGGAUCCACCGGCACCUGGGGGCUCACCUCUCCCGCGUGCGCUCGCUCGACCUGGACGACUGGCCUCCCGAGCUGCUGGCCGUCAUGACCGCCAUGGGCAACGCCCUCACCAACAGCGUCUGGGAGGGGGCCCUGGAGGGCUACGCUAAGCCGGGGCCGGAAGCCUGCAGGGAGGAGAAGGAGCGCUGGAUCCGGGCCAAGUACGAGCAGAAGCUGUUCCUGGCCCCGCUGCCGGGCUCGGACGUGCCGUUGGGGCAGCAGCUGCUGCGGGCGGUGGUGGAGGACGACCUGAGGCUGCUGGUGACUCUGCUGGCGCGCGGCUCCAAGGAGGAGGUCAACGAGACCUACGGGGAUGGAGACGGCCGCACGGCCCUGCACCUCUCCAGCGCCAUGGCCAACGUCGUCUUCACGCAGCUGCUCAUCUGGUACGGGGUGGACGUGAGGAGCAGGGACGCCCGGGGCCUGACCCCCUUGGCCUACGCCCGCCGCGCCGGCAGCCAGGAGUGCGCCGACAUCCUGCUGCAGCACGGCUGCCCCGGGGAGGGCUGCGGCCCGGCCCCCACCCCCAGCCGCGACCCAUCCGGGGGCGGUUCCGGCUCCGCCGAGCUGCACCGCAGUCCCAGUCUCCUGUGAGGCCGGGAGAGGUGACGGGGUUGAGGGCGGGGGGCCGGUGGGGGCCGGGGGCCGGGGCCCGUUCCCUCACUGACACGUCUAGAGCGGACGGGCGGCCGCAGGGAGAGACGGGGAGGCAGGCCAGGGCGAUAGGCGGGAGAAGCUCGUCCAGGAGAGGAGGGCAGAGCCCGGAGCGGAGGGCGGGGUGGGAGUGGGGAGGCGGGCGCGAACUCAGCCCCGGGGACCACGGCACAAUGAGGGCGGUGAGGGCGCCGGCCCGCCGCCCUGCCGGUGCCAUUGACAAGGGCCGGGAUCUUUGGAGGCACCAGAGGGGGAGGGGAGAGCGGGACCUCUCUCCUCUCCCAGCCUCCUGCCCUCUGGCCCCCCUCGAAACCUCAUUCCGCUGGGAACCGGGAGGACAGUUGGCCUGGGAAAGAGAAGGGACAGGGGCACGGGGCGGUGGGGG